GAACUCUGACCCGACCGCUGGUGUUUCCGGUCGCCUUUGACUUCGGUUGGGUUUUGCGGGUUAGCUAAAAGCUGAUAUUUAUUCCGCCACAUGAUUGAAUUAUUUAGGAUUCUUCCGGGGGCUUGUCAGCGGCCACAUUCACUGUUAUAUACUAUUUGCGUACGCUGUAGUCGACACGGUUCUUUUUUAAAUGAAAUUAACACAAACGGACUGCUCACUUUCGGGAUUUGUUUUGCUAAGUCGCUAGUUAGCAGCCGGCUAGCUCUUUCGCGGCCAACUAGUCCUAUCAGCGCUGUUUACUGUAAGUGUCGCCCAGCUUGGGGUAUGAUUUAGCGGGGGAAAUCCGAUGAUCCAGAGACUCUUCAGCUCUCGGGACUCAUAACCGUCCCGAUGUGUCCCGAUCCAUUGGAAAGUAGAACUCCGAGUUAGCGGAACCGAUGGGUUUGUCCGCCUGAUUUUAUUAUCUGGGUUGACACUCAAGCUGUAAAUUCACUGGACAAUUAAAAUAUAUAAGAACCUAAACGAGCAUAGACGAUUAUUGACAAAAAGAAGAAGAAAAAAACGACAAUGGCUAAUGUUACGGACCUGCAGACGAAGUACAGCAAGCUAGCACAGGAGUAUUCUAAGCUCCGAGCCCAGAACCAAGUGCUAAAGAAGGCAGUCGUAGAUGAACAAGCAAACUCUGCCACUUUGAAGGAGCAGCUGAAACAAAGAGACCAGAGUCUGAGGAGGCAAGAGCAGGAGAUGGACAGCCUCAGCUUCAGAAACCAGCAGCUGGCCAAGAGGGUGGAGCUGCUGCAAGAGGAGUUAACUGCCAGUGAAACCAAGGGGAAGAAGGGGAAGCAGAGUAAAGCAGACUCUCCCUCCCAGCACGGCCUGCAGACUCAGAGUGUUUUUAACGAAGACCUGCAGAAGAAGAUAGAAGAAAACGAACGACUUCACAUUCAGUUUUAUGAAGCAGAUGAACAGCACCGGAAGAAGGAGGCCGAGCUCAAAGCUCGACUUGAGGAGCUGGAGAAAGGCGCCGAGCAGCAUCAAACCGCCGUGGACGGACUCGCUAAAAAAUACGUGGAGACAAUUGAGCGGCUGCAGGGGGACAAAGCACGCUUAGAGGUGAAAGCAGAAAGUCUGGAGAGGGAAGCUAAAGAGUGCAGAGUGCGAACGGAAGAAUGUCAGCAGCAGUUGAGACGGUGUCAGUCGGAGCUCCACAGGCAGAUGAAACAAAGCAGCAGUGUAAUCCAGGAGAAAGUGCCCUUCAACGACACCAAAUUUAGCGACUACAACAGUCUAAACGUACCUGCUCACAACCGAAGACAUCAGCUGAAGGCCCGGGACGUGGCCAGCCAGGCCCUGAGCUUCAUCCAGGACCUGGUGGCUGCUCUUCUCAACUUCCACUCCUACACAGAGCAGCGCAUACACAUCUACCCUCUGGAUUCUUCCAUUGAGCCCAUCUCCCCUCUUAACCAGAAGUUUUCUCAGUAUUUACAUGAGAACGCAGUGUAUGUGCGCCCCCUGGAGGACAGCUUUGUGCAGCUGUACCAAAGCAUCACAGAGGACACAGUCACAGCGUUGGAGACUGUGGUCAAGCUGAGGGAUUUUGCUGUAAAUUUCUCCUCCUACGCCCACUUCCUCCUGAAGAUUCUUCCUUACCAGCUGAAAAGCCUGGAGGAAGAGUGCGAAGCUCCUCUGUGCACAGCUGCUCUGACAGCUAAAAACCAGGAGUUACAGAGUGACGUGAAGAAAGUUACAUCUGUCUUUGAGAAGCUGCAGAACUACAUCAACCUCUUAGCCUUACCCUGUGUUCGGCAGGACGCCAUGCCACAGACUAGCAUUUCAGCCGUUUUUACCCAGCUGGCUGCCUGCCUGCACAGUCUUCACGACUCCGUUAAAGAAAUGUCAAAGCAUUACAACCAGAAGGCCAGCCUGGAGCAGGAGCUCCCCACCAUCACUCAGAAGCUUUGCACCACCACAGAGUGCCUCCUCGGAUCGUUGUGUUCACUGACCAGCAGCACUGGAAAGAUCGCUACUUUUUUCAGCAACAACUUGGACUUUUUCACAUCCUCAGGCUACAGUCCAAGAGGGAGCGCAGUCACACUCAACCCUUUGCAAGCAGAGAGCAUGCUUGCCAACAAAAAGAGAGCUGCUGCCUAUAUGCAAGCUCUUAAAAGGCCCAGAGCCCCGUCUGUCCCAUACAGAGAAGCCCUGUCGAACCGUCGCAUCCUCACCAGCUCCACCGAGAGCAGGGAGGGCCUCACCCAGCAGGUGCAGCAGAGUCUGGAGAAGAUUGCCCGUCUGGAGCAGGAGAAGGAGCACUGGCUCCUGGAGGCCCAGCUGGGGAAGGUGCGACUGGAGAAGGAGAACCAGCGAAUUGCAGAGCUGGAAGCGCAGCUCGCGGCAGCUCUGGGGGGGAGCCCCGACUCCCAGAGAGCGGCAGCAGGCGCACCACCGCCAAACCACGAGGACGCAGAGACGGAGCAGCACGCCGCAGGGCAGCAGACGACUCAGAGCACCAGCCUGGUUGGAAUGUUGUGCACCACACCUGCAGUUGAAGAUGUGGGAGACGAGGAGUCCCGGGAGCAGCUGAUAAAAAGUCACUACAUGUCCAGAGUGGGAGAACUCACCACCCAGCUCCAGAUCUCUGAUAGCAAAGCUGUGCACUUUCACUCCGAGUGUCGUGCUUUGGCCAAGAGAUUAACCAUUGCAGAAAAGGCCAGAGAGACACUGAGUGAGGAGAUCAAAGUGGCGAAUCAGAAGAUCUCACACUUACAGGAUGAGCUCACUACAACCAAGAGGAGCUAUGAGGACCAGCUCAGCAUGAUGAGUGACCACCUCUGUAGUAUGAAUGAGACCUUGAGCAAGCAGAGGGAGGAGAUCGACACCCUCAAGCUGGGCAGCAAGGUAAAUACCAAAAAGAACAAGGGCCGCUAGAGAUGCUCCGUUUGCUUGGACACAUCAGGAGAAAACGUUGAUGUGAGACUUGCAGGACACCAACACUGGAUGUCUACAGGAGCUCCAGAUUCUUCAGUUACCACCUGGAGGCAAAACCCUCUUUAACAUCAAACGUUUUGGUGAAAAUGGUUUCUGAAGUUCCCCGUCGGGACAUUCACUGAGAGGAAACGAAGAGCUGAAACAAAUGAAGUUUUAAUCUUUACUGAAAUCCAGACUUGAAGACCAAACCCUGUUUAUGUGUUGAGUGUCUGUGAUAGAGAAAAUCCAACCCGGUCUGCUUAUCUUCAGUUAUGCAAACAUCAGUGUGGCUGCAUGUGAGGAGUUUAGUCUAUUUGUGCCACGGCGACACCAUACUGUGCAGAACCUUUGGGUUCUAUCUCAUUUGACGUCAUUUGUUUGGGCCGUUCCAGGGUCGGGCAAAACUCCAUCCACAAGAAAGCAGAGCCUCUCUGUGCUUUACAAUCAGAACAUGGACUCUUGACUUGGGUUCUUCACUCACCUUGGGAGCAUUUUUGGUAUUCUGGAGGUGGAAGAACAUAACUUUCCUGAAAGGAAGGGACAUGUUGAAGCUUGUGAAAAUCAUUUUGUCUUCAGAGUUGCUCUGCCGCAAAACAUCUUCUCUCCCCCAAAGCAAGAGUGGACGAAGUUUUCAAGCUAAAUUAUAAUGUUUCAUUGAUUGAAAUGAAUAGAGAAAUGUAUUCAGAGACAAAGAAAAUCUUUAUUUUGCACUCUUUUCUUUUUAGUUUUUGUGUUUGCAAUAACAAGCUAGUUUACUGAAUCAUGUCGGAGAGAUUUGAGCAUUGCUUAAGAAAUUUGUGAGUCACGGCAGAAGGUGGAUUACUGUAAAUCACCGCCUCUGUCUUCGGUGUCAGGAAGGAGUUCAUUCAAACAUCUUGUUUACGGGUUCUGAUGGCAAAAACCUGCCAACACGAGCGAAAACGACUGGAAAACUUUUAUCUCACAUUGUGUUCAAAUAAAGCACAUAGAAACGUGUGUAACAGAAUAAAGAUCUUGUUCAAAAUGGA